AUGGAUCUUAUUACGGAGCACAGAGUGAAGAAGGAAGUAGAAAGCUUUAUCGCGUCCAUUGACCAGUCUGCCAUUUGUGAUCUGGCAUCCUCCUUCCAUCCGGCGAAGAAGCAAUGCCGUAUCUUCAGCGAUGUGAAGAAAGGCGGCUUCAAUGUUUGUUUUCCUGUUGAGUUUGCCCAGGAUACAGUUGACGACGGCAAACCCGAGCGAUGGAUGGUGCGCAUUCCUGUCCUGCCGCGCUUGGCUUUCGCAGAGGAAAAGAUUCGAGGUGAAAUUGCAACAAUGAAGUUCAUUGCCGAGAAGACGACAAUACCUAUCCCGAAGCUGCACGGAUAUUCAGUAAAUUCAAACAAUCAGCUUGGUCUCCCAUUUCUGUUGCUCGAGUUUAUUGAGGGCAAACCUCUAUUUACUGUGAAGUUCCGCGAGCUCCCGCGAGCACAGAGAUGUGAGCUUUUUUCGAAAUUGGGUGACAUUUAUAUCCAGCUGUUCCAGCAUAAGUUUGACCGAAUCGGUGCUCUUACUCUGGAUUCAAAGGAUGAAAAUUGGGUUUUUGCUCAUAAUCGACCACUUUCAGUAUUGAUGAAUGACCAGGCCCUUGCCGGAAUUGACCCUCCCUUUGUAGGGCCUAAUCACACGUUCCAGUCAACCAUCGACUAUGUUUACACCAUUCACCAGGCUUUACUCAAUGACUUCCACCAGGGCAGGGACAGCAUUAUGGGCGAGGCGGAUGCUCGAGGCUAUCUCUACAGCUUGCACAUGUCCCGCCGGUUUCUGAUGGAGUGGGUGCAGCCUGAGCAUAAUCAUGGGCCAUUUAUACUGAAUCAUGGUGAUCUGCGGUCUGCUAAUAUCCUUGUUGACGAUGACCUGAAUAUCCUGUCUGUUUUGGAUUGGGAGUGGAGUCACACCAUCCCCGUUCAAAUGUUUGUGCCUCCAUCCUGGCUCGAUGGACUUGAACUGGUUGGAACUGCAAAGAUGCCUGGGCGACUCAUAUAUGAAAGCGAGCUCUUCAACUUCCGCAUGGAAACACGAGAGCGGGAAAUAAAAUAUCAUCCCGGAUGCCGAAUUUUUGAUAACCUUCCACUUGAAAAGAUAUGGGCUAAAUCACUUAAAUCUCCUGCCGUUUUCAUUGCGCUCGGAUUGUUACAGCCACUUUAUUUUGGCAAUAUAUACUGGUCCGUGAUCGAAUACGACUAUUAUGGGAAAGAAAGGGAUAAUGACAAAAAAAGAUUGGAAGAGUUCUACAGCCUGGAGGAAAAUGAAAAGGAGCGAGAAGCCAUACAGCGGAAACUUCAAGAACUUGAUCUUUUCGAAAAAGAAUGUGAUAAGCUCGGAAUCCAAAGAGAACAAAAAACCACCCAGCAAACGAACCCCCCUCUAGCUGAGCCUCCUGUGACUACCAACGUUGAUUCUUACGCUCGCUCAUCAUUGAACCGUCUGAGAACUAGCAUCGAAAAUCUUGUUCUAGCGACUUCCCUUCAGGGGCAAACAAUUAGCCGUUUGCGCUGGGUAUUUAUCGGGGGUACGCUUACUGCAGCUUGCUAUCUCUUCACAAGGCGUAAGCGAAAUUAA